AACAACAAUCUAUUUAAACGGUCAACAUAUCAGCCUAGCAAAAAAAACAACAUCAUCAACAACACGUCGGCACUUUUGUUUAUCAAAUUUCAAAAGUUUAAUGAGCGGCCACGCCAAUCUAGAAAAGAAAGACAUUUGCGGCUAUCGUUGUAGAGGAUUUUGAGUCUUUAACUUUUUUCCUUCGUUUAAUUACGUGCGUGCCAAAAGUACGUCAUCGAGGCGCGUAACAAAAAAUACAUUUAAAAAAUAGCAAUUGAAAUCUUCAAAGCGGCGACAGCGUGGGCAUUAGUGUUUCUACAGCCGAACGCCUGUCAUAUAUAAAUAUACAAAACAAAACACAUUUAUUGAAUUGAAUUGAAUUCAAUUCAAUUGCAAAUAUAACGCGACACAAAAAUUGAGGAAAAUUUUCCCUUGGCAGAAAAAGAAUUUGUUAUUGUUGUGCGACAUUCACAGUGAAACGUAAAAGUCAAGUGCGCAACACGUGCGUGGGAGUGAGAACACACUAGUGUUGAAGUGAAAUACUCGUAGAGCGCAUUGAUAACAACAACGCGUAAAGUGAGAGACGCACGGUAUUCAAAAUAAAGUAAAAAAAAAACAAACAGAUAAGAGAACAUGCACACAAACAGCUGAGACUGUAGUUGAGAAAAGCAACAACAAUAACGCAACAAGUGCAGUCAAGCAGAACUUACAUACACACACGCAUACAUAUUAUAUGCAUAACGAAAACAACAACAGAACCCAGCAUCAAGCUCCUAUUGUUGGCACAAUCAAUUAGAGAUACGAACGCAGAGCAGAGCAGAAGCGUCGCAGCGCAGCAUCCACAACAAUCAAGUUGAUCAACAAUCAGCAGUCCAGCAGUAUUCAGCGUUCAGUGGACAUUUCCCCGUCGUCGCUGUUACCGCCUCCGUAAUCGAAAGUACUCGUAGUCGUUGCCGUUGUCGGCUGCCAUUAUUAUUUACUCGUUGUUGUUGUCGUUGUCGUCGGUGGCUCGUUAAUUUCGAAACUGUAUCUGUAGUUUCCCGCUAACGGCAAAAAUUCUCACAACUCAUUGAUAUUUUAACCUCGUGUCCGUGUUGGUUGCCGCUCGACCAAGGUUCUUGCGCACAAGAUGCUCGUCUAUUUGGGCUUUUCGAAGCCUCGCUUCGUCGGAUUAAAAGUGCUCCUUUAGCGGAAGUUUGGAAAUUACAAACAUAAGAAAUUUUUUUUUGAUCAAUCGAUCUAAAGAAUUGGCUCACCUGGUGGUGUUUUAAAUUCUCUUCAAACCAAUCGCCCAAAGAUUGUGUUAAAUAUAUGAAACACUUGAAUAAAUAAAUUACACGCAUUGAAGUCGUAAAUAGUGCAAAUAACAGACCACAUUGAAAAGUUAAAACAAACUGAAUUUAUUGUUAAUUUGCUUAAUGAAUUUGAAUAAUUUGUGUAAUUAGCACAAGAGCUUUGAAAAAGCCUAAAAUAAAAAAAACUCGUUACGUCGCAGACACGAUUGUGUUUCAUAAAAAUUAAAAAAUCUAAAACUGUGCGUGCGUGUGUAAGUGCAGAAAGGCUCUAAUAAUUUGUUAAUCAAAGAAACUUGCAGUGAUAUAUAACACCCCGACACUAAGAUACAGACAGUUCAGCUCCAGCACAUAUCGCUAGACACCCAUACACUGAGAAGCGCUUUUAGACCUUUAUCAAUUUUUGCACAAAUACGAAGUCAAACAACAAAGCGUAGCCCCAUAAACAGAGUCGGCGGCUAUUAUAAACACAUACAUGUGUACAUAUGUAUAGUAUGCAUGAAUAUAUGUAUGUCGGAACACAUACUACAUCGUAUAUGAGCUGCGAUUAAACUCGAAACGGCAAAACGUUCAGUUCGCCGAGACUUUACCAACUCAGUGCCAAACAGAUUAAUUUCGAAACGCUUCGGGACUAGUUGUCUGCGGAUAGCAAGCCAUAAAUAUUGCCGUGAAAAAUAACAAUACGUACCAGAUUUUCCAAUAUUAUGUCAAUGUCGACAAUAUCGACAUCGAAAUCUGAAGUUUUAAAUCCACUGUUAUCUGACCGUGUCCGUAAAGGAGAAGAAAACUAAUUGUUCCAUCAAAAAUAUUUUGUGAAGAAAUUCAAUCGGACUUAAUAAAUCCACAGAAGCGCUGCUUAUAAUAAUGUCUGAAAUCUGACAUUGCUUUAACAAAAUAACAAUCAAAAAUCACCAAGUGCCUUUCUUCAUAAACUCUAAACAAAAGCAACUCAUCAUCAGCCGGUGUCAGAAAUUUUACAAUCAACUCAAAAGUCAGCACAUGCUGUUUAGAAUGCCAGCAGGAAUCUGACAGUGGCCCAACCCCAACAAAAAAUAAAAAACAAUAAAAAAUAUAUAUAUUUAUAUAUAUAUAAACCGAAACGGUAUAACCAAUUCUGCUGAAAACAGUUAUCAAACUUUGCAAUAAAUGGAGAAAUCCGAAAUACGGCUGCAACGCAUGUCAAAUGAAUAUCAAUCGAGCUUUAUGUAUCUGAGGAACAAAAUGCUGUUAAAAAUCGAAAACACUUUACUUCGAAGCCAUCGUCAGCGUGAAACCACUGGGAUCAAGAAGCUAUAUAAUUCGUUUUUUGUACUCUUUUAAUUGACUAUACCGAAAACGCA